AUGAGGUCAAGACAGGUCAUUGGAAGCUUAGUGACGGACUUUGAUCUCGUGGACGACGGACAGACAGUGGAAUUGUCUGGGCAAUCCAUCGUACCAGACAAUGGGGUGGAUCUUGCACCCCAGGUAACGCCCAUCUACGAAUUUCUGGGACGUGUGUACAUAAAUGGCGAUGUCAACCUCACUUUCAUCAGCAAUAGCCAAUCACAAUACAGAGACAAUAGAAUAAGCUCCACCUACCACUGUAAAUUGUCCAAUGACAAGACCAAUGCAAAACUAGCUGAUAGUGGCAAGAGUGUAAAAAUGUUUCGCAAGAAGUAA